AUGAAAGCGAUGACUUGGGAGAAGUUGUUGUUGAUGAUGAGAGUGAUGGUGACGAAAAUUAUGACGCAGAAUGCCUCUUCUGCACAAGCAUGUAUUCUGCAGACAAGCAUGGUGAACAGUGGGUUAGGUGUACAGUGUGCUACAGAUGGGCCCAUGAAGAUUGUGGUGCAGAAGAUCCUAUCUUUGUGUGCCCAAUGUGUGAAAAAAAACAGAAAAAAAAUUAUAGAUGUUUUCCAAAAUGGGUCUCAUAUUAGGCGACUUUACCUUACAUCUGCCGUAAAAUAA